AUGCGGCGCAGACGGCGGAGGCGAGGCAUCAGGAUUCCUGCUGGUUGUUUCGUCAACCAAGAGCAUCGAAAAACCACAUUGUUCAAAGGGCUGACAAACGAGAUGAAAUGGAUGGAGCAAAUCGUCAGCGAAUGCCAAGAAACAGCGUUCAAUGCCCACAUUCUACCCAUGCCGGGCUCAGAAUGGGUCCCUCAUGAAACGGACAUGGAAGUGUUUGGCACCACAGCAACCUGUGAGCCAAGAGCUUACAUCAUGGCGCUUGACCUCAAGGAUAUCCGCCAUCUUCUACCCAACAUCGGAUCUGCUGUCGAAGUCGAGCUCAGUGUCGAUCAAAUCUAUCACACCGCACCCAAAUUCUGUCUCGAGGGUGAUGCGCUUGACGCCUUGGCUGCCGUCAUCGAGAAAGAUAUAGACGUUUGCGAAUUACAAGCCUAUGAUGCUGUGGAAGGCGCCUAUGAAACUGCAUUCAAAAUCAUCUGCGACGAGGGUUACGACAUUGACAGUAUCCGCAGCCGGGAAGUCAUGAAAUCUCUUACGGUCGAGCAGUACCGAGAACUAGCCAAAAGCUACCUGUACCAAUACAACGCCAACGUUUCUGAUGAAGCCAUCCCAGGAAUGCCCUCCGCAGACACUGAAACACGCCGAAUGUACGACGCGGACAAGUUUGCAUUAGAGCUGCGCGCGGCACCGGGUGAACUGCCAGCUGACCAUAGGCAGCGCAUUAAGGACUGGAUCCAGCAGCACAAGGUUACCAGUCGGACCCCAACAGACCCGUCCGCCUUUGUUGGCCGCCGGAUCAAGCUUCCACCUGGAGUGACGGCUGAUGUUGCCUUGUUCAAUCUCGAGGUACCGCUUCAGCCAUACUGGCCAGUUGACUACCAGAGCCCGCCAGUGACAUUGAGCGUUCCCCAGCGAACCUGGCCGUCCGACUUGAGCGAUUAUUUCGAUAACAUCACCAAGGGAUCGCCACAAGCUGUUUGUGCUUACAUUAGUUACGAAGUCGGUACAGAGACUUUUCUGAUGGAACACUGGACCAUUGAAAAGAUGAGCAGGCUCCCAAAGGAGUCAUUGGGAAACGACUGGUGGGACUUCUCGACUCGCUUUCACAACAUCCCGGCUCCAGAAUGCAUUGAUCUGCUGAAAUGGUAUCCAGCUCUUCAAAACCGAUUAGGCACUGACAUGUUGGAGAACGGAUACGCAAGAGUCGUCGAAACCAUGGCCAGAUCGCGAGCAGGAAAAUUCAUCAUCAAUGCACCAGCAGGGCCAAACAGGUCAAACUUUGCGUUGUCAAUUGUUCAGGCGAUCAUGUCAGAAGCUCCCGAUCCUCCAGCCAAUGUGUUAUCUAGGCUAAAUGCAGAGUAUCGUCGACAUGUACCGUAUGAUUACUGGGAGGUCCAGUUUGAAAAAGACUUGUACAACCAGUUGCAGAUGGCCAUGUGGAAUAACAUGUCAGCUGAAGAAAGAUCACUCAGCCGCAAGAAAGUGGAUGAGUUUGUACCCGUUACCGGGAGAGUGGCUUGGAUCGCACCUCAUGAUGACCAAGUUGACGAGGCUGUGGAGCGAUUGAUUGCCCAGAAUCCAGGCAAAACCAUUCUCCGAAUCUACUGCCACGACGCUGAGGUGAAGAAUCUCAUAGAGCCAGAGGCCGAGCCAGAAGACACCGUUGUUGCCAGUGGAAAGACUACUUCAGAAACCCAAAUGAUUGAAGCGUACAACAGUUGCCUACUUGAGGAAUACCGAAAGCACAACCCAGCCUCGAACAAGCACUCCUGGUCUGAGCAAUGCCUAAGCAGGGGACACUUUGACAGGUCAGGCUGUUGGUCAGAAAUGAACCCCACGGAGCGCAGCCAGUAUCUGAGCGAUGCCGAGGAAGCGCUCAAUUACCUGCUGGACCGAGCCGACGCCAUUUGCGCCACGCCUUCCGCCUUUUACAAGAUAUACAAGCGCGUGGGAUACAGCGGGUUUGAGCCGUCCUUUAUCAUCGUGGACAAUGCCAACCAGCUGACGGAACCCUCGUCUCUGCUGCCUAUCGCCAUCUUCCCAGACGUUCCGACAAUGUUUGUCGGCGACCUUGAACAAGAUGGGCCGGAGGUCAUGGCUUCAGAAGAGAGCUUGAGAACAUCGACGGCCACCAAACGGCGCACCCGUAGCCUUCUUCAGAGGGUAGAGGAUGCCGGGUAUUUGGACUAUCAGUUCUUUCCCAAUAGGUAG